GGUGCUGUAAUAAUGUGUAAAGAAUCGAUGAUAUUGAAGAAAAUAUCAUAGCUGCCAAAUAUGAAAACGUUCCUGAUGAUUUGGACCAACCCUGUUUAUUCCUCUCUUUUCAUGUUAAACUAAAACUCAGCGUGUGAGAGUAAUCUUUUAUGAUUAUGGACAUUUGACGAUGGUUUUGGAGUGGCCUGAAACAACAAGCUACUAGGCAAUAACAUACUCCAAACAGUACUGGACGAGUUUACUUGAUCUUUUCUGUUAAAUGCAUAAGAAGAAAAGUCUCUAUAAGAAGCUAGUGAGUUUUUUGUUGUUGUGUGUUCAACUUGAGUCGGAGCUGUUCUUAAUGAUUAUCUAUACUCCGUUUCAAGUUGAAUAAUAAUUCUGGUUAUUCCGAUCAACUCUGCUUCUCUCCUCUUCGCUUAUUAUUAUUAUUCCGUUUAAUCCUAUAUAAAUUUUUGUUUGAUUUUGCUGGACAAGCUCUGCUUUUUCAUUGGGAGAGGAAUCAAUCUUCGCUUCCUUUGUCUCCUUGAAGAUGAAGAACAUAGAUGAUUGAUGAAGCGAUGAUGAGUUAGCAUGAAUUCAGAAUAGUCGGCAAAGUCUUGAAGGCGUUUUUCCAGAAUUGUCGAUAGCCCAGCGGUGGGACACGUGGCUAUCAUGCGUACAUCGUUAUCUUUUGCUAGGGUCAUGUGGCAAUGAUAUGGGCUUCAAUUUUGGGCUGUAUGUUUUAUCUUGUAAUAUGAUCGGUGGCUGAAUUUACUUGUAUGAUGCCCAUUGGGCUUCUUAUUUCAAUGAAAUCAUUGAAAUGAAUCAGUUGACAAAAGAAAAACCCCUCCCCCUCCCUCCCCUGGCACAAAAAGUUUAGACAUUUUGAAAAUUAGAUUUUGGGAAGCUCCAUUUUCUGAAAGCAAAGAUUUUCUGAAUUGUUAGAUUUGAGUUUUCUGAAUGGACGAAGAAGAGCUGACGGAGCAGGAGACUGCCUUGUACGAUCGCCAGAUUAGGGUUUGGGGCGCUAAUGCUCAAAGAAGAUUGACCAAAUCUCAUAUCUUGGUUUCUGGAAUAAAGGGGACCGUUGCUGAGUUUUGCAAAAACAUUGUGCUGGCAGGAGUCGGUAGUGUGACGUUAAUGGAUGAUCGCUUGGUGAACGAGGAGCCCUUGAACGCAAACUUCUUGAUUCCUCCUGAUGAAAAUGCUUACAGAGGCAGAACAGUGGCUGAGAUCUGUUGUGAUUCGCUCAGGGGCUUUAACCCUAUGGUCCUUGUUUCUGUAGUCAAAGAUGUCUGUCAAUGAACAAUGUCGGAAGUUAUCGAAACGUGUGGCAUUCUAUACAGUCGACUGCAGAGACUCAUGUGGUGAGAUUUUUGUCGACCUUCAAGACUACAAAUACACAAAGAAGAAGCUCAUCCGAUUAAAAAGUUAUGAUAUCGGAUUCGACAUGCAACCCUUUUCUGGAAAGACAAAAAAAUUUAUAUGUGUGUUUUUGAUUUUUCAAAAGUGAUUCAGAUGAACAUAUGAUCUACUGAUUAAAAGAAUAAGUGAGAAGGGGAUAUAACUGCAAAGAUUGGUGUCGAUGGAGGAUGUAUCAGAUUUUAGUAUUC